AGCCGCGGCCCUCAGCGCAGGCUGGCUGCGGCGGCGGCGGCAAUGGCGGCCGCCGGAGGAGUUUCGCCGGAGCCGGCGGCCUCGGAACAACCCGUGGAGCUGCCCGCCUCGGUGCGGGCGAGCAUCGAGCGGAAGCGGCAGCGGGCGCUGAUGCUGCGACAGGCCCGGCUGGCGGCGCGGCCCUACCCGGCGACGGCGGCGGCGGCGACCGGAGGUAUGGCUAAUGUCAAAGCAGCCCCAAAGAUAAUUGACACAGGAGGAGGCUUCAUUUUGGAGGAGGAGGAAGAGGAGGAACAUAAAAUUGGAAAAGUUGUUCAUCAACCAGGACCUGUCAUGGAAUUUGAUUAUGCAGUAUGUGAAGAAUGUGGGAAGGAAUUCAUGGAUUCUUAUCUCAUGAACCACUUUGAUUUGCCAACUUGUGAUAACUGCAGGUCAGCUCCUCACCUGCCAGAAGAGCCACCCUUGCAGCGUCCUGCUGCAGACACUGGGCACAUCAUCCUUGGCUUGUUGCUGAGUGAAUCCUCCGUACACAGGGAGAGGGGAGAUGUUGAUGAUAAACACAAGCUUAUAACCAAAACAGAAGCAAAACAAGAAUACCUUCUGAAAGAUUGUGAUUUAGAAAAGAGAGAACCAGCUCUUAAGUUUAUCGUGAAGAAGAAUCCUCAUCAUUCUCAGUGGGGUGACAUGAAGCUCUACUUAAAAUUACAGGUUGUGAAGAGGUCUCUUGAAGUUUGGGGUAGUCAGGAAGCAUUAGAAGCAGCAAAGGAAGUUCGACAGGAAAACCGAGAAAAAAUGAAACAGAAGAAGUUUGAUAAAAAAGUAAAAGAAUUGCGGCGAGCAGUGAGAAGUAGUGUGUGGAAAAGGGAGACAAGUGUUCACCAACAUGAGUACGGAGCGGAGGAAAACCUCGAAGAUGACACGUACCGCAGGACUUGCACUGUGUGUGGCCAUGAGCUGACAUAUGAGAAAAUGUGAUUUUUAGUUCAGUGACCUGUUUUACAGUAUUUUACAUUUAAAUAAAGGAAAUUUAGAUUUUUCCUAGGGAGUAGGAGCUCAAGACAAUUUCAAAUUCGAUUCAAAAUUAGCCAAAAUGUAAACAUCACAUAGAGGAUGAGACCCUGCCUAAAUACUGCCCAGUAGUGUGUCUGUUAAGAGCCAGUUUCAGUUAAGGUUCAGUGGGUAGGCUGUAGCAGAAUGUAGUUCUGUUUUGUUUUUUUUUUUUUUUUUUUUUGUACUUCUCACAGCAUCCCAGGCAUCUGUGUCAAGGUGAACUGCUCAGAUUUCCUGUAUCUUCUAAAAGUGAUUACAGAGUAGUUUCAGCAGCUAGCAAGAGGAUCUGAUCCCAUGGUCCCACAGGCUUGGCUACAGGGCAUUUGCCCUGUUUUGAUAAAAACAAAGGCAAAUUAAGAUAAAUGUUCAAAUUGUUCUUGGAUAUGAUUCUUUAUCCUACUGCUACAAACAAAAGAAACAUGGAGAUUUACACUUUUAUUUUUCUCUUUAGAUUAGCCUUGGAGAUUAUGCUUGCAGGAACGCAAAAGUCAAAACAAGGCAAAUUCCCAAAAUUAGGUUUGAGACUAUGAUUACUAAUUGCUCUAAUUUCUGUAAUAUAUUUUUUAAAUGUAGAUUUUCUAUAUGUGCUAUAUUAUGGAUAUAUAAUACAUAGCUCAGCAGAACUUGAUUCUGAAUGGGCAGCAAGACUUCCCUGGGACAAAAAAGUUUCCGGCUUGAUGACAACUAGGGAUUGGGUUACUGGACCUAGGUUCAAAUUUCUAUUUACCAGCUCUGGCUCAUGGGCUGAAGUUACUCCAGGGGCCUGUUUUUAUCUGUAACGUGUGCAUAAUAAUCCCGCCUUCACAGGCCUGCUGUGAGGACUAAAUAGGGGACUUGGCAACACCUGCACCUGGUAGCCACCAGUUACUGAGCAUGUGGCAUCAUCCAGACCAAUAUGUUUACAGUGUUGCCUGGCUCAGGUGUGCUCCUAGUCACACUUCCCCUUCAUCCACUUAAGACCAUCCUGGUUUGGAGGUAUCACUGACAACUAAAUUGGCUCUACUCAGGCCAACUCUUUCCUCACCUUUAAUUUUCAGGUGUAAUUAUAGAUUAGUAAGUUACACAAAUCACAGCUAAAUUCUUUCCAGGAAAAACAAAAAACCUUAUCUUCGUUUGAACUGUUGCCAUGAAUAAUUUUCCUGGAGGGGAGAUUUGGAAUCAAGGAAAACAGGACAUGAUUGCUUAGACAAAAGCAUGUUAAAUGGUGUCAGUACAACUGAACAGAGCAUUGAUUCACUACAAGGUGGAACAUGAGCAAUGUGCCAUCCUUUUAUCUGUGUGUGCUUCACUACUGGAGAAAGAAACUGUUGAAUGUUUGCUCAAAAUUCAGUCCCUAGUUCAGUCUUUCCAUUUGCCUAGAUUCAGUGCCACCAGAUUGGGACGGAGCCAGAAACAGCUCUGAGUGACACACAUCAGUGAACAGUUGUUAGAAGCAACCAUUAUGUAUGACAAGAGGGUCCAAAAGGAGGGCAAUGAAAACUUCCAAAUCCCUCUAGAUACGGAUCGAGUGUUACUAGUCAACCUUUGCAGUACAUCAUGAAAGGAUGACAGUAGUUCAGGGUCAACUAAAAAGCUGCCGAUGUCUCAAGGAUAGGAAUCAUUUCUAAGUAGUUAAGUAGUUCGUACUGUGCUUAGCAAGGGGAAGGAGUAACAAUAUAAAAGUGUUUAGCCAAGAACCUGGGUUUUAGUCCCCUUUCUGUUAACCGCUUGCCAUGCAAUCCUGAUCUUGUGAAUAAUUACUUCGUCUUAAAUGGUAUUUAACAAUUUUAGGAAUUCCCAUCUAUUGAGUGGAGUAUUUUUGGUAGCCACUAAAAGGAUGGCAAACCAAAGGGACCACAUGUCAAUAUGGAAAUGAUUAAUGCAUGAGAAGCUUGUGUCAGGAAAAAUGAUAGCUAUGUUGGAAGUGUUCAAAAAUCUACCAGUAAUUGUGGGCUUAAGGGUAAGGCUUAUUGAAAGAAGUCUAAAAAGUCCUAGAAAUCUGUGAUGUCAGAUAAUCCCUAAUACUUGUGUAUUAUUUUACAAAGCACUCUGAUAUUAUCUUAUUUAAGCUUCAACACCAUAUAGGAAACAGGCUCAGGAAUAGGUAGUUACUUGAACCAGAUAUCACAGGAACAAAAUCUAAACCCACACCUAAUUCCAAGUAUAGUUGUAACCAGUCUAGCUAUUUCUAGUUUCACUUCAUCCUGUACUCACUACAUGACCUCGACAAACCCCUCUGAGGCCGGGGGAAAUGACCAGAUGCUCUUGGACAGUGGUUCCCAAACCUGUGUGCACAAUGGACUCACCUGACAGACCACACCCCUGGUGUCUGUGUCCCACUCCCAGAGAUUGUGAUUUAAUUUUUAAAACAAUUUUUAAAUGAUUAUAAAGUGAUUCUAAUGUUCAGACAAAUUUGGGGAACUGCUGCUCUAAGUAGUCAAAUUUUAUAUACUCAUAAGUAGUUAGCUUCUAGAUAGCUAGAUACCUAGUAAGAUAUUACUUAAAAACAUUUUGAAGAGAAAAUUUCAAGUGGAGAUAAGUACACCUUCAUUAAGAAAUCACCAAUUUUAAAGCAAACUGAGAUGAUAAAUCAUGAAAAACCAAAGUUUAAAAAACAUACUUUUAGUUUUAUUUCAGUCAUGUUAGGUUAUCCAUGAGCUGUGAAAAGCUAGGCUACUUGGUAAUAAACCAUCAGUUCUACAUACUACUUUGUAAGCUUGAUCUCUAGUGUUUCACAUAUCUCAGAUCAGUUUUUUUUGUUUGUUUUGUUUUCUUCCUUAAAGAGAGAAAAUAUCAAAUGAAUCACAGUAAAAGUUGUAUCUGUCACAUAUACACUGUCCUAUGGUCAGGUCACAUCACUGCCAUUAGGAAGUCAUUUAGGGGUAAUUAAAGCUAAUUGUGUUCAUGUUCCUCACUGUAACCCUCCCCCUCUGUUUCCUUUAAUAAGUGAAAGGAUACUACAAGAAAGCAAGCAUUCAAACCAUCAAAAAUAAGACAAAUUAUUUUAAGAUAUUUUUAAAAAAUCUCAACACGAGGAAAAAAAAAUGACCCUUAGGCCUGCAGGGCACAGAACUGCUGGAACACAGCCAAGAUGUGAGGGUCUAACUCGGCAGUGAAGAGAAGGUUCUCCAGGGUCACCAUGUACUGCUGGAUUAUUUGGUGAUGCUGUGGACACAGAAAGUGGGUGGGGGGGGUGGGGUUAGCUCAGGAGAAGAGCAGGAGUUUGCCUCCGCAGCCCACCCACGAAGAGAAAUGGUGGGCAGGGAUAGGAAAAACAGGCCCCCCUUCCCCGCAUUAAGAAAGUGCCGAGGGGAAUGAGAACAAAGGGUGUUCAAUAACUGUAAAGAUCCAAUUCUGAACAGCUUCCAGGUAAAUGCAAUUCAUGACCCCAGGCAGUGGCAGCAGCUGCCACCACACUGAGAGCCUGGGAUUGGCUGGGCCUCUCCCUGCAUUAAGGGCUUAACACCUUAGGAUCUGUUACAGUGGCCCAACCAGGGGCCCACCUGGGAAGAUUUUUAAAAAAGGAAGGUGUUCUAAGUUACAAAUAGGAAUAGCAUAACUGCUUAAAACCAUGGUCUCUGACACAUGAGAAAAAAAAUUUUUGAGCCCCCACCACCCCCCUUUUGGUUACAGCAUUAAAAUAAAAAUCUCUUUGCAUAAGAAAAAAUUUAAGAGAUCACUGGGGAAUUCUAAGUCUUUCGUAAAAUAAGAAUGCCAAACUUCAUUUUUGCUUUUUAUCUUUUAAAAUAAAUAGUUCAUCUGUUUUACUGAAAAUCAGUGGCAAAAAAUUGUGGGAAAAUAAAAUAAUCUCUUCCAUGUGCUCCUGUAUAGACCUGAAUACACUCAGAGACCCACACAGGACUAGGGGCCAUUAAUGCUUUUUAACCGGCAAUACCUAAAGAAUCUAGAGUGAACCCGAAUUUUGGAGGCUUAAAUAAUCAAUUUAAGUUUUUUUUUUUUUUAAAUUUUUUAAAUGACUUCUAUUUUCUCUUUUCUGGAACAAACAUGGAUUUUUGGGUUAGCAUCUGAAGAUACAAAGACUUUGUUCCACUCUCCUACAUAUCUUUCACAUAAAUCUAGCAGAGGGUAGGCCUUGAAUUUUGUUUUUAUAUAAAGAUCUUCAGGACUUACCUAGCUUCUAUGGGCACUUCUUUAAUCUGAACAUUAGACUUUAAAGACCUUUAUAAAUCCAGUUACUGUUCCUUUAGCAUUCCUUUUCUCUAAAAUUUACAUUAAUUACAGCCAGGCUCUCUAGCAUACAAAAUGGCAAGUGGGAGUGCCAGUGCUACAGAACCAAUUUAAGUGUAAGUGUUCUGAAGAGCAGUGGCAUCACAUUUUGUAGUACAGACUCCUGAGACUUGACAAUGAUAUUUUUAAUGGAAAAUCUUUGUGGCUGAGAAUGGCGAUAUUUCUUGUCUGGUCCGUUUCCCACGCACCUGUAAGAAGAUCUGCUGGAGCCUCUCUAUACAAUUCUUAAACCAUGGUGUUAAGACACUGGUCCCAUCAGUCUCACACCGUACUAAGUGCUCGGUUAAGAUCAUGAUAAAACGCUGCAAAGGGGGGCAAAGUUAAAGAAGUAUUAGAGGGAGAAUGCUCCUGCUUCAGAAACAGUUGCAGUCAUGCAAGAGAACCCAAGGCACUGUUUGUGCCACCCUGUUUUUGUGGCUUGUAUCCCUCACUUUCAUAAUUCAUUAAAUAUUGUCCAUCUAGAAUGGCAGACUGUUGAUAAUUUGAGUUGGUACAUCUUUUCUGGCAAUACAAAAAGAUCCUUAAUGUUUAAAUGACUGAUCCUAGAAAUUUUAUGUUGAAUCACAAGUGUGAACAGGGAUUUAUGCACCAAGCUGUUCACCAGGGAGCAAAGCCAUCACCUAAAGGCUCAACAAUAGGGAACAGUUAAAUAUGACUCAGGCAUUUAAGAAAAACAUCAAAAAACUAAGCAUGGAAUGCUAAGCAGACAACACAAUUCAAAGGUAUACAUGGUUAACCUCAAGUGGUAAACUGCCGGGUGACCUAAAUCUUUGUAUUUUUUUCUGUAUUUGUAAACUCUUUCAUAAAUGAGUAUGUAUUACUUUUAUGAUUAAAAUAACAUUUUUUUAAAAAAAACUAAA